CACUAGUAUUUUGUGCAAGCUUAUGCCUAAAAAGAAAAAAAGAGAUGCAAAUAAGAAAAACAAAUUAUAGAUAACAGAUUUCUUAAAUUCCAAUUGUUGAAAUUCAACAUGGACAACUAAAUUUAAAAAAAAGUCCCUCUACUCUUUUUAGAGUUGGGGAAAUAACAUAUUGUAAAUGUCCAAAAGCAUAUUAUUUUGUGUGGAGUAAAAGUUUCCUACUUAAUUGUUCUUCAUUCAUUAAAAAUUAUAUAUGCAAAAUGAUAUUUGAAAAGAAUAAAUUCUGUUCUGAUUAACACACACUUUAUUUGCUGUGUGACUGAAGAGACAUUGUUAGGAUGUUAGACUAGUGACAUCCUUUCAAUCUUAUCAUUGACAAGCAGCAACAUCUUUUUUUGCAGAGAAAUUUUGCACUGCCAAUGAGAGAAUAAAAUUUAGAGUUGUUUUUAAAAAAAAACACAAAAAAACCUUGAAUAGCCUGGAAGUAAAACAUUUAUUUUUCUUGAUGUUAUGUUGCCAAAUAUAUUGCUUUUGCAAGUGCAAGUAAUACUAUACAAAAAAUUAAUCCAAUUGAUCUAAAAAUAGUUCUUAUAAGGCACCCUUACACAUUAUAUAUGUAAUGUCUGACUAUGUGCAGUAUGAAUAUACCUAUUUAUAUUUGUACUGUAUGGUAAACUAUUCAUCUAAAAAUUUAAUUAUAUGGAAAAUUAAUCUGUUUUGAUUUCUGCAAAUUUUAUUUGCAAUGUAGCUUAUUAUUGUCCUUGCAUAUGCAUUUUUAUAUGUAUAAACACAUAAUAUGCAACUUUAUGUGUAUAUACAUAUCUGACCUUAUAUCUGACCUUAUACCUAACUACAUUUUUACUACACAGUUAAUAAAGACCGGGGAAGAUUUUUUUCUUUUUUUCAAUAGGUGAAGAGAUCUUGAAGACCAGAAAUUGAAACAUUGUGUUUUAAUUAAAAAAAAAAAAAAAAAAGUAAAAUUGCCUGGCUGUGGAAGAUGGAUCUUCUUUGCAGCUGGUUUGAAACACAAGUUCCUCUUUAAAUGAACUGUUUAUUUUGAAGAGGCAAUUAACCACUGUUUCCAGCUUUCCUGGCUAUUCAAAUGGACUUACUUUCUCCAGUAGUUGUAAUUCACCCUUUAUCUGAAUUUUGAAUGAGGAUGAGAUUUGUUUCCUUGGCAAUGUGAGGAAGAAAAGUCUUUCUAUCCCGUUAUUAUUUCAUGGAUUGAGUGUUGAUUCGACCUACAGGAGAAAAAUAACUGGAAGUCUUUGAAGAUAGUAUCUGCUGAUCAUACCAAGAUUAUAUUCCAAAGAAGAUAUUGCUAAAUCCAGCCUAUAGAAGAUUGUGCCAUUUUAAACAUUGCUGUGAUUAGCCAUCACUGAAAAAUAACAAAAUUGUAUUUGGCUAUUUGCUUCUAUACCUUAAGCUUGAAGGAAGAUUCAUUUGAAUAUGUCUAACCAAGGAGAUGAUUGUUACUUCUAUUUCUACUCUACUUGUACCAAGGGGGAUAACUGCCCUUUCCGUCACUGUGAAGCUGCCCUUGGAAAUGAAACUGUGUGUGUGCUCUGGCAGGAAGGUCGAUGCUUCAGGAGUAUCUGCCGCUUUAGACACAUGGAGAUUGAUAAAAAACGCAGUGAAAUACCAUGCUAUUGGGAGAAUCAGCCAAUGGGCUGUCAGAAAUUGAACUGUGCUUUCCACCACAACAAAGGACGUUUUGUAGAUGGUCUUUUCUUACCUCCAAGCAAAACUGUUCUUCCAAAUGUCCCUGAGUCUCCAGAAGAGGAGAUGAAGACUACACAGCAAAGCAAGCUUUCUGUUCAGUCCAACCCAUCACCUCAGUUGCGUGGAGUAAUGAAGGUGGAAAAUUCUGAAAAUGUUCCCAGUCCCACACAUCCACCUGUUGUUAUUAAUGCUGCAGAUGAUGAUGAAGAUGAUGAUGAUCAAUUAUCUGAAGAAGGUGAUGAAUCUAAAAUGCCUACUCAAGAACCCUCUACAGAAGGACCAAAUGGACUGCGGGUAAUUUCUACUCGAAAAUCAGUGACUAGUGCAAAUCAAGAUAAAGAUAAAAGUUUGAAUUUUGGAAUCAAAACUCUUGAAGAAAUAAAAUCAAAGAAAAUGAAAGAAAAGUCAAAACAGCAAAAUGACAUUCCUUCUGAAGUGACUGCUCAACCAGGCCCAGAGAAAGAAAAUACACGAACUGUGGUCAGAACUGUAACUUUGUCUACAAGGCAAGGCGAGGAGCCUAGGAUUCGAUUGACUCUUGCAGAGAGACUGGGGAGAAGAAAGUCUCCCACGGUCGCUGAGACUGGACUUCCAUUAAAGCGUAGCCUUGCCGAAAGACUGGGGAAAAAAAUGGAUUCCCUUGAAAAUACAGAAAAAACACCAAAGAGAGUUCAAGUUCCCAGGUCUCUUAAAGAAAGACUAGGAUUACCAUCUGAGCAGAGUAAUAUGGAAACAGAGUACGCUGCCAAACCAACUGGUGAAAUCUAUGUGAAAACACUUGAAGAAAUUCUCUUGGAGAAAGCUAGCCAAAAAAAGGGAGAAAUGCAUCCCAAACCCAAAGUUGAAAUGGCUUGUAUGACAAACGAUUCUAAUCCAGUGGCAAAAUCUUCUCCUACAGUCCGGAUCAAAACCUUUUCUGAAGUCUUGGCUGAGAAAAAACAGAGGCAAAUGGAAGAGGAGCGGAUAAAAACUGAGAAAGAGGGCCUUGCCAAACCAAAGCAUGAGUGUGAACCUCAGAAAGAAGGGUUUCUGGGUACAGCUGUAUCUAGAAGAAGAAAAUUGGAAGAGCCUUCUGGCAAAGCCAAGGACUUUGGGGAAGUGCGCAUCAAAACUCUGGAGGAAAUCAAGCAGGAGAAAGCUCUCCGCAUGCAGCAAGGUUUGGACAGCACAUCAAAGACACAGAUAAAAUCUGAACGAACUAUAACUGGGAGGAGAACGUUGUAUGUUACAAAACUGACAGCCCCUGAAAAGGAGGAAAAAACCCUGGUAUUGAGGUCUUCUCCAAGAACUUCUACAGCAGACAUUGUUGCAAAGCCUUUGAAUGACGGUGUGAGUAAUUCACAUUCUAAAGUCUAUGUGAAGAGCUUAGAAGAAAUAAGGCAGGAGAAGCAACGGUUAAAGCAGCAGCAGCAACAGGAGGAAAACCCCCAGGAACUGCAAAUGACUAUGCUGCUUGCUAGGGAAGAAAUAGCAGAAGGGAAGAUCCCAGAACUGACUACAAAUUCAGAAACUCUAGGGACUACAGGGAAAACCCGUCCACUUCCAAAAAGAUUGUUGGUAAGGUCCCAGGAGGUAACGCCAGAAGAGUUGAGACUUCAGACUGCAGAACCAAGGCCUAAAGUCAAACCCAAGAUGAAUGUGAAACCAUCUGGAGCGAAACCCAUUUCUCCCGCAAAGCAGGCACUGAAGCGAAAAGUAUCAGAGAGUCAUCCUUCUGUUGUUGCUGCAGUGAAACCUCUGAGCCCUACGGCAAGCAUGGAAAUGAAGGGGUUCGCUUCUGAAAACACAGCUCUGGGAAACACCCCUGAUCUUUCAAAGGACAGUAUAACCAUUAUUCCUAAGAGAGUGGAUUAUAACAGCUCUGAGCUGUACAUGGACAACCAGGUAGCCUCCACGUUGCAGGCAGAGAUAGCAAGCCCAAGUUCUUCCCGUGCAGCGGUAGUGAAGACUCGCAGACUGAGCUCAGCAGGAACUGGGAAGGCUCCAUCCUCAGUUGAAGAUGACUUUGAGAAGCUGAUUUGGGAAAUCUCAGGAGGCAAAUUGGAAGCAGAAAUUGAUCUUGAUCCCGGAAAAGAUGAGGAUGAGCUCUUGCUUGAACUUUCUGAAAUGAUUGACAGUUGAUUGUGCCAGAUAGCUUCUUUUUGAGAGAAAAUAAAAGCUGUAUGUUUUGUUGGAUAACAAAGAUUACCCUUUCUAGUAGAGGAGUUAUGACAAGUCUUAAAGCACACUUGAAUCUGCUUGAAGAACUUGGCUGCAUUAGUUUACCUUGAAUUACCCUGCUGGUCAGAGAUAUGUCCCAACUAUUGCUCCUUCCCACUUUAAAUAUUUUCAGAAUGAAACCAUGAACAUUUCAGCUACAGAAGAUCGAAGACUAUUCAGUUCUACAGAGGGCUAACUUGCUCCAGCAACUCUUUUUCAUCAUCAUAUUUUUUAUUGAAUUGUCAUAUCUGUUUUUCAGCUGUGUGGCAAAGCUCAUAACAUCUGGGUGUUUCAGAGCAUCCUUUCGCUUUUUGGGGUAAUUUCUGUAUUUUUGAGUCACUUCUUGAGUUAUGUAAUU